UUGGAUUUCCUCUUAAAAUACAUAAAUAUGCAAAUCUGUCGCAAACUAUUCCCUGGAUUUCUUUUAAUUGUGUCAAUAUGGAAAGUGAGCUCUGGCAUUGUAAAUUCCAAUUGGGAAGAUCAACAAAAUGAGAUAAUCGCUGGCAAAACGGUUAAGACAGAACAGAAAAUUAAGUUUCUAGUAAAUCGAAUAACUGAAGCUAAUCAACAACUCGAAGAUUACAAAGACAUGAUAAAAAAUUUACAAAAUGAAGUUAGCAAACAGCAGGAGGAAAACGAAAAGUUAAUGUCACAACUUCAGAAAAAUACAAAUGAAUUAAAAUACACCGAAGAUGAACUGGGCCAAUGUCAUAGAAAUUAUACGGUUUUUUUGAAACUGUUUAAGGAAGAGUGGGAUGCCUAUGAAGAUGACCAGGAAAGAAUAUUUGGCAAGUAG